AUGAGUAUUAUAUAUACUGCAUAUAUUUUUAUUAUAUAUCUAAUUUGUGUGUUACCUUGCAUUAAUGAACUUUUUCGUCGAAAUAGAUGCUACUCUGAAAUAUGUGAAAGAUCAAAGGAUAAAAAUGAAUCGAGUGUAUAUUGUAUGAAAGAUUAUAAAGAGAAAAGUCCAUUAUUUGUUUAUAAACAUAUUAUGAAACUGUUUGCAGAACAAUAUACACUAAAAGGUGAAAAAAUAGGGUUAGUAGAACAUUCAUGUGGGGAACCAGAAAAUUAUGUAACAUAUAAUAAUUUUUUUAAGAAAGUAUUAUCAUUUAGUCAUGCAUUGAAUACUUAUGAAGGAAAAGGUAUUGAAGAAAAAAUAUAUAAUGAAAAAGAAAAUGGAGGAAAGUUUAGAUUACUAGGUUUAUAUGGUAGUAAUUCGAUUAAUUGGCUAGCUACUGAUUUGGGUGCAAUGAUAAGCGGGGUGACAACAUUAGUGAUACAUUCUAAAUUCAGUUUAGAUGUAAUUGUUAAUAUAUUGAAUGAGACAAAAAUUGAAUGGUUAUGUUUAGAUUUGGAUUUGGUAGAAGGUAUAUUAAAUCGUAAAAAUGAAUUGCCUUAUUUGAAAAAACUUAUAAUUUUAGAUAGCUUAGUUAAAUAUAACAAAAAAAAUUUAAAUGUUGGAAAACACGUUGAUUUAGAUAAUAAUAAUAAUAAUAAAAGAAAGAAAAAAGAAAUUGAGUUAUAUAAAGAAGAAAAAAAGGAUAUUAAUUUAUAUUCUUUAAAAUAUGAUAAUGAAAAAUUAGAAAAAAUUAAGAGCCUAAAGGAAAAUUGGAAUAAAAUUGGAAUAGAUAUUAUAACGUUUGAUGAUAUAACAAAGGUUAAAUCAACCAAUUUUAAUAUUAAAAACGAAGAUCCUGAUUUUGUUACUUCUAUUGUGUAUACAUCUGGAACAUCAGGAAAACCAAAAGGUGUCAUGUUAAGUAAUAAAAAUUUUUAUAAUGCAGUAAUAUCUAUAUAUUACCAUGAUGUAGUAAAAAAUUAUAAUUUUGAGCAACAUUUAUCAUAUUUACCCGUAUCACAUAUAUAUGAAAGAAUUUAUAUUUAUCUUAUUUUUAUGAAUGGUGGAAUGAUAAAUAUAUGGAGUAAAGAUAUGAAAUUUUUUUCUAAGGAUAUAAGAAAUUCUGAGGAUGAAAUAAUAGCUGGAGUACCAAAAGUGUUUAGUAGAAUGUAUACCAAUAUUAUAACAGAAAUAAAUAAUUUAUCAAGUUGUAAAAGGAAUAUAGUUAAAAGUAUUUUAUAUUUACGUAAAUUAUUUAAAAAUGGAUGUUUUAGUAAUUUUCUUGAAAGAAUUACAAAUAUAUCAUCUAAAUUGAGAAAUAAGAUAAACCCCAAUAUGAAGGUUAUAUUAAAUGGUGGUGGAAAAUUGUCGGCUAAAAUCGCUGACGAAUUACGUGUUUUAUUAAAUAUUAAAUAUUAUCAAGGUUAUGGAUUAACCGAAGGUACUGGUCCUAUUUUUGCUCAAAGUAUGUAUGAUGAUAAUUCAGAAGGUAUGGGAGGACCUAUAUGUCCUAGUACAAAAUAUAAGGUAAGGACAUGGGAAACAUAUAAAGCAACAGAUAGAUUGCCAAAAGGUGAAUUGUUAAUUAAGAGUGACUCUAUAUUUAGAGGAUACUUUUUAGAAAAGGAAAGUACCAAAAAUUCCUUCACAAAAGAUGGUUAUUUUAAAACAGGUGAUGUUGUACAAAUUAAUGAUAAUGGUUCUGUAACUUUUUUAGAUAGAUCAAAGGGUUUGGUUAAAUUAUCACAAGGAGAAUAUAUAGAAACUGAUUUAUUGAAUAAUCUAUAUUCACAAAUUUGUUUUAUAAAUAAUUGCGUUGUUUAUGGUGAUGAUUCAAUGGAUGGUCCACUGGCUAUCAUUUCCGUUGAUAAAGGUUUAUUUUUCAAAAGUUUAAAAAACGAUAAUAUGUUAGAAAAAACUGGAAUUGAUGAAAAAAAUUAUUUAGAAAAAUUAACCGAUGAAAAUAUAAAUCAUAAUAUUUAUGUUGAUUAUGUUAAGAAUAAAAUGAUGGAUAUUUUUAAGAAAACAAAUUUAAACAGAUAUAAUAUUAUUAAUGACAUAUAUUUAACAUCCAAAACAUGGGAUACAACUAAUUAUUUUACUCCGUCAUUGAAAAUAAAAAGAUUCAAUGUAUUUAAGGAUUUUUCCUUUUAUAUAGAUGAAGUUAAAAAGAAAUAUGAAGACAAAUUAAAAGGAAGUAAUUUAGAUAAUAAAAAUAAGGAAAAAAAGGAAGAUGAAAAAAAAAAUGAUCAAAAAAAAGAAGAGAAUGAUUCAAAAAAAUUAGAAAAAGCGUCUGUUUCUGAGCCACAUCAAACAAUAGUAGGAAUACAUCAAGGUUUAGAAAAUAAAAAGGUAAAACUAAGAGCAGUAAAUGGAACAAGAGAACUGUCAAAAAAUAAAUGA